CUAAUACGAUUCGCGCACCGACGAAAUAAGAGCCGGAAUCAUGAGGAAAUAUCAGAUUUACGUGAUUUGUUUUGUUGUUUUGGCUUUUGCCGCUGCCACAGCUACAAGAGUUUGCAGCAACAGAAAUAUCUUGUGCUCUGUGGUUAGAUCAACUAGUUGUUCAAAGAAAAUCGUUUCCAGUCAUUGCCCAAGGCUUUGCAACACAUGUGGAGCAAAAUGUCGAAACAUAAAGGCGUCAAUGCGCGUUGAUUGUGGCUACCAUGGAAUUAGUCCGUUGGAUUGCUUGAGAAAGGGAUGUUGUUAUGGCGAAUUAAAGGUGGCUGGCCCGUGGUGUUAUCAUCGAAAAGCAAACUGUCCCAUGAUUGAAGCAAACAAACGUGAAGAUUGUGGUUACCCUGGGAUAAGCAAAUCAGAUUGCGUCAAAAAAGGAUGCUGUUACAACGCGAUCAAGGAAAAGGGACCGUGGUGUUAUUACAGGCAAGAAAAAUGCCGGAAAAUAGCAGCAACAAGACGUCAUGAUUGUGGUUAUCCAGGCAUAACGAAGCGAGCAUGCGAGAAGAAAGGCUGUUGUUAUAGUGAAUUGCUAAACCAAAGUGGACCGUGGUGCUACCACCGCCUAGAAAAAUGUCUGCGCAAAGCAACAGAACGUGACGACUGCGGCUAUCCUGGUAUAACAGAAUUCGAAUGCAUGAAAAGAGGUUGCUGCUAUAAUUCAUUGCCCGGUCGUGGGCCAUGGUGUUAUUACCGAUGAGAUACGAGGACCUUCGGAAGAUUAUAUGCGAACUUUAGUGUACUCAUUGUUGUAAAAAUAUGUUGUCAAAUAAAUACCUCUAAUAUAUGAACUUUU